UGAGUUUCGUUAUGAAUGUGAUUCGUACCUUCCUUGAUCGGGAGCCUGCUAUGUUCAUGGGACUGAGCUUGGGAAUCGUGGGAUGUGCUCUUCCCUUCGCCGUCGUGCCUUUGAGAAGAAGACUUGGCGGACAGACCUAUACUUGGAGCGAUAAGGGCUAUCCCUGCGCCAAGAACGGAUAUGUGUUUACCCGACAAAAGAAAGAAUAAUCUAUGACCUAUAUA